AUGGACCCCACCGACCAGUCGCCGGAGGAGGUGUACUCCGUGUGGGCCCUCCCGCCGGAGCCCACCCGCGACCGUUUCCGCCGCAUCAUGGAGGGCCUCCGCGCCGCGUACGGCGGCCCCGCCUUCCGGCCGCACGCUACCGUCGUCGGUGACUUCCGCGGCCGCCGCUCGGAAGCCGUCGAGGUGCUACGCGCCGCCGCCGCCGGCGUCCAACCCUACACUGCCCGUGUCACGGGGGUUGCCCGUGGCACCUUCUUCUACCAGUGCGUCUACCUCCUCCUCGAGCCCACCACCGAGGUGGUGGGAGUGAGCGAUCACUGCUGUGCCCACUUCGGUUACAAGAGAAAAACUCCAUACAUGCCACAUGUCAGCCUCUUAUACGGAGACCUUACAGAUGAGGAGAAGGAGGAGGCAAGGAAGAAGGCAGAGGAGCUGGACAAGGAUAUCUGUGGAUUAGAGUUUGAGAUCUCUGAGCUUGCGCUCUAUAGAACGGAUACCGCAGAUAAAAGCUUGGAGUCAUGGGAAUUGGUGGAGGUGUGCCAUCUUGAGAAGAAGUGA